AUGGCCACAAAAACCCUACCACCCCUCCUCCUCCUCCUCCUCUGCAUCGUCCUCACCGCCCAAUCCCAUCAACACACGUGGCAAGAAGCCUUCGACGUCCUCGGCAUCUCUUGGAACCGCGACGGCACCCUCAACCGCACCAUCCAGAUCCCUAUGGUCGAGCCGACCCCCUACCCGGACCCCUCCAAACCCGCCCCGACCGCCUACUCCCAAGACAUCCAACUCAGCCCUAACUCCAAAGCCUACGUUCGACUCUACAUUCCCCUCGACCCCCCGAAAAAAACCGCCAAUAAGCUCCCCCUCGUCGUCUACCUCCACGGCGGCGACUUCGUCCUCUUCAGCGCCUCCACCGUCAUUUUCCACAACUUUUGCAACGACAUCGCCGCCAGUCUCCCCGCCGUCGUCGUCUCGGUCGAGUACCGUCUCGCCCCGGAGAAUCGUCUCCCCGCGGCCUACGACGACGCCCUCAACGCCUUGCUCUGGGUCCGGAGCCAGGCGCUCGGGAUUGGAGGCCGCGACCCGUGGCUCGAGUACGCCGAUUUCUCCCGAGUCUACCUACUCGGGAGCUCCGCGGGAGCUAACAUCGUCUACCACGCGGCGCUCCGAGCCCUCGACUUUGACCUCCGACCGGUCAAAAUCCGAGGGUUGAUCCUAAACCAAGCUUACUUCGGCGGGGUGAGAAGAACGGAGUCGGAGAUUCGUCUUAAAGACGACCCGUAUGUGGCAUUGUACGUGAACGACGUGCUUUGGAGUCUAGCUCUGCCCCGGAAUUUGAACCGGGACCACGAGUUUUGCAACCCGAUAUCCGGAGGGACGUACUUGGGCCGGGUGUACAGGCUGCCGAAGGUGUACGUGAAGGGGGACUAUGGGGACCCGUUGGUGGACCGGUCGGUUCAGUUGGUGCGAUUCCUGCAGUCGUGCCGAGUCGAGGUAUACUACCGUUUCAACGAGGGAGGUUUUCAUGGGAUCGAGCUGCAGAACCGAACGGCGGCGGAACAGCUGUACAACGACAUCAAGUGGUUCGUCGGAGCCGGAAAGGUGGCGAUGCCGGAGGGGGUCGCUGCCCCGGGUCAUGUUGCAGACCAGUGA